AUGUCGUCUAACAAGCCUACUUCGCCUGCUCCAAUGGACGUGGAUAAGUCACCAAAGGAAACUCCUACUGGUAACCAUGUCCAAAAGCAAAAACCUUCCGAUCCUAGAAUGCGCAAGGCCUUGGAAGCCUAUAAGAAGAUGGUGGAAGAAGUUGAGCAGCGUGAGCAAGUCUACAAUGAUGUAGCUCUCUGCGAUGAUAUUGAACCACUUGAAAAGAAGCGCAAGAUGCUAGAGCUUAAGGAAGCCCAAGACAAUUUGGAAAACUCUAAAAAGCUCUGGCGCAAGCAGCAUCCACAGCGUUUGGAGUUUUUAUCCUUGGAGGAAGCUGAACAAGAGAAAGAAAGACGCGAAGCACGUGAGAAGGCGCAACAACAUGUUGUACCAAAGGACCUACCUGUGCUACAGAUUGCUGGAGGCUACAAAUGGAACCCCCAAAAGGUUGUCCAUAACUCGGCUGCAGCAUUCGUGCGCGCAUUUGAACGAGAGCUGUCUGCUCACGGCUUGCCAAUUGAAAAGCAUUGGGAACGUUUGUUGUCGAGAGCAAUGAAUGAUCCGCAAUACCUUUGGUUGAAGGACCAAAUGGCAUCCAUGGAGCAACCAAUUACUUGGAAAGCCAUCUCAACCCAAAUUAUUACAAAGUAUGAUACGCAUGUGCAGCGUUACAAGGCCAUGAGAAGGGUGGUGCGAAUGCAACAAGGUGCUAACGAGCCGCUCAACUCAUAUGUGGUCAAGUUUCAGCAACUCAGCUUGGAAGCUGACAUGCCACCUGGCUUAUUGCUGAACAUUAUUUUCCUUUCAUCGUUGCAACCAAAGUAUGCAGAACAAGCAUUGUUGGCCAUCGUGAAUCGUUACGGCUCGGACAUGCCAGAUGAUUUAGAAGAAGUAUGUCAAAUCGUUGCUGCCAUGAAAAUGGCUGAGAUUGGUGAAAAACGUGAAGCGGAUCGUGACCAUGGCAACCUGCAAAAACGAUUCAAAUCGAAAUCCGAUGACAAGCCUAGGACCAAGCGUUGCGAUUACUGCCACAGGCAAUGGAAACCUGGCCAUCGUUGCGAUGAGUACUAUGAAAAGAAUGGCAAAAAGAGCCAUAAUCAAAAGAACAUGGUGCAGCGUGCUGCACGCUUGAAUGAUGGUGAUGAAGUAGUGGAUACUACCUUGCCAUGUAAGUUGAAGAAAUCCAAACAUGAUUACAUCGAUGAGGUAUUAACACCCAUCACAAUACAGAAACAUAAGAUCAAAGCAUUGGUGGACACAGGAGCCACAUUCACAGCUUUAGAUUUGGAUUUUGUAAACAAUGCACAAAUAAAGUAUCACAUGGUAAAUGGCACCAUCACUCUUGGCUCAAAUGGUACUACAGUGCCACGCAUUGGUCGUACAGACACUUUAGAGGUUUCUUACAAUGGUAAAACACAUUAUCAAGCUUUUGAAGUAAUGAGGUUGGCACGCAAUCAUCCUAUGGCAAUUGGUAUGGACAUGAUGGCUUUGUUGGGAAUUGGCUACGUUGGGUUAGCAACAUCUUGGACCACUCCUUCCAAGCAAGAAGAGGUGGAAAUUGAUGACGCACCUUAUAAGCCAGAUGCAGCCCCAGCUGGUGAUCAAAAAGCAAUGAAUGCUUUCAUACAAGUUAUCAAUCCUUCCUUAGAUGCCAACGCUAAAAUCCCAAAAGGGACCUUUUGCAACAUUCCUCAAUCUAUUAUUGAAUUAAACACACCUGAAGGUGUGGCCUGCUACAGGCGCCAAUAUGAAUUUCCUAUAACACGACGUGCUAUCGUUGAUGAUACAGUGAAUGAAUGGUUGAAUGAAGGCAUAAUCAAAGAAGUGCCUGCCAACAUUGAUAAUAGGUGGAAUAGCCCACUCACAUUUGCUCCUAAAAAGGACAUGUCUGGAAAGAAGGUUGGUGUACGGCUGUGCUUAGACCCACGCCACAUCAAUCAGCAUCUGCCUGAUGAUAGGCAUCCUCUUCCACUCAUUCGCUCAAUCUUUGAACAAUUGGCCGGUGCCUCGGUUUUCAGUACCUUGGACCUUAAAAGUGCCUUUCAUCGCUUUAAAAUACAUGAUAAAGACCAACACAAAACGACCUUUACUGCGGUAAACGGCAAACAAUACAUGUUCGUUGGCUGUCCUUUUGGACUUAAGCCCAUAUCUGCAAAGUUCCAACGCGUCAUGCAAAUCUUGUUUGAUGAUCUGCCCUUUGUAACCACAUUUGUGGAUGACAUCGUGGUAUACUCUACAAAUCUUAAUCAGCAUGCACAGCAUGUUUGUACUGUUUUGAAUCGGCUAACUAAUGCCCAUCUCUUGCUAAAUGCAAGUAAAUGUCAUUUUGCUCAACGAGUUGUUUAUCUUCUCGGUUUUCGGGUCUCUGCCGAAGGCAUCCAGCUUGACUCUAGGAAGGUCACUAAUGUGUUAGAAUGGCCUACACCACGUAGUGGUAAAGACGUACAACGUUUUUUGGGAAUCGUGAACUAUUUUCGGGAUCACAUCCCUAACGUGGCUCGCUUAACUUCCAGUUUGGAUAAGUUGAGGCAUGCUGGUGACCUUAGUAAGGUUUGGACUUCCCAGCAUGAUAAAGCCUUUUAUAAUAUCAAGUACGCCGUGUCUCAUGCGCCCAUGCUACGACAUGUUGACUUACGGCUUCCAUUUCACCUCGCUACCGAUGCCUCAAAUGAUGGCAUAGGAGCAGUGUUGUAUCAAAAGCAUCAUGGAAAAAACAAUAUCGUUGGCUUUAUGGCCCGAGCUUUAAGUAAAUCAGAAAGAAAUUACUCCGUGACUAAGCGGGAGUUAUUGGCAAUCAUCUUUGCCUUUAAAAAGUUCCAUAAGUUUUUAUGGGGUGCACCUUUUACACUAUACACGGACCACAAGGCCCUCAUGUAUCUACAUACACAAAAGGAUCCAAAUCCUAUGAUGAUUAAAUGGUUGGACACCUUGCUUGACUAUCAAUUUACCGUCGUUUACCUACCUGGCAUUGCCAACAUCCUUCCUGAUCACUUGUCGCGUUUGUUUUCACCUCUGGAUCAAACGCUGGAAGGGGGUAAAGCGCUAUACCAUAUCAACAAUGUAGAUAAGGCAGUCAACAAGCCGCUCUUAAUGCGAGCUGUCGACUUGCUUGACAUGUUACAACCUCCAAUCUCGGAGCGUAAAAGUAUACUUGAAAAUGCACAUUUAUUUGGACACUUUGGCGCUGAUGCCAUUGUACGUGCCAUACACAAUAAUGGUUUACAUUGGCCAUCUAUGAAAGAUCAAGCAGUUGAGCUUGUAAGCUCAUGUAAAGAAUGUCAAAAAUUCAACAUUGCUAAGAAUGGCUAUAAUCCAUUAAGACCCAUAAGAUCAUAUGUACCAGGUGACCACUGGGCCUUGGACCUAGCAGGUCCAAUGACAACCACGUCAAAAGGCAACAACUACUUGUUGGUGCUAGUGGAUGUAUGUACACGAUAUUGCAUUUUACGGGCAAUCCCCGAUAAACAAUCACACACCAUAGUCAACAACCUUAUACAAAUCUUUUGUGAUUUUGGGUUGCCACGUAUACUUCAGUCAGACAAUGGAACUGAAUUCGUGAAUGACUUGAUGAGACAAUUUAAAAGAGCAGCAGGCUUCGAUCAUCGCUUGGUUACACCGUACCAUCCAAGGGCAAAUGGUGUAGCUGAAAGAUGGGUGCAAACAUCGGUGCGAGCCAUAAAGAAACGAGUACAAGGUGUGCACAAAGACUGGGAUAUCUAUGUACCAGCGGUACAAUUGGCAUUCAAUGCCAAGAUAAGCACACGGCUCAAUACUGCACCAUUCUCUUUAAUGUUUGCCCGUAAACUUAAUGACUUCAAAGACUAUCGCGAUGAUCAAGAUCUAUCUCCCAUGCAACGUAAUGACUUGUUGCAACGCAUUGAUGACAUGUCUAAUAUCAUCUUUCCUGCUAUCAAAGAAAGGAUCGAUAAUGUCACAAGCAAACAGAAGGGCAAGUUUGAUAAAAAGCAUCAGCUCAUCGAGUUUCCUAUCAAUAGCCACGUGAUGAAGCGUGUGCUACAAAAGAAGGGCAAAUUACAUCCUGAGUAUGAUGGUCCUUAUACAGUUGUAAGGAAAACCAAAGGAGGCUCAUACGUAUUGAAGGAUGAACAAGACGAGCUAUUACCAAUUGAUGUACCGCCCUCACAAUUAAAACUCAUAUCACAUGAUGAAGUACUGCCUGCUGAUCAAGUCUAUGAGGUGGAUCAUAUCGUUGCACACAAACAACAAAAGGAUGGGCAUUAUUUAUACAAAGUACGAUGGAAGGGAUACCCACCUGAUGAGGAUACCUGGGAACCUUACCAACAUUUCACAAGUCCUAAUGUUAUUAACGCCUAUUGGGAACGUCUUGGCAUUGAACAACCAUCCAUACCCCAUGAUACCAUACCAACUACUACCAUCACAUCUUCUCGUACACGUAAAAGACGUAAUCCAACACCACACAAUACUCGUACCUCAAAAAGGCAUCGACGUUAA